AUGAAGGAAAUUGAUCAAUUAAACCAACACAAUUGCUUUUUGAUAGAACAUAAAUCUGAUGCCACAAAUAAAAAACGUUUAGUCUGGAGACACACGAUUUUGCAAAGGGUCGCAAUCAUUUCUGCUUUGAAAAGAACAUUUUCUUACGAUGGAAAAAUCGGUGAAAAACAAAGAAUAAAACUAGCAGAAAAACUCGAAUCAAAUGAGGAAGAACUUAACGAAUGGAAUAAAGUCGACAGACAUAUCUGA